AUGACUUAUGCGGAGAUCGACCACAUUCUGACAAACAGAAGAUGGUGCCUACUUGACACAUCGGUAGUCCGGUUAUUCUGUACUGGUUCCGAUCACCACCUUCUUCGCGCGAAGGUUCGAUUCAACCGCAAGCUGGAAAAGAACUCUCUUCAUCGACCACGAGGAAAAAGUCUAGCUGUAUACGACGAGAACAUUCUGAACGAAGUCCUAUCCAAACGUGACUGGCAGAUUAAAGAAGACCUGACCGAAGACUACGAGCUGCUUGUCGAAGGACUGAAAAGCUCUGCCGAAUUCGCCUCAGUUCCUCAAGCAAGAAGAUCGGAUCGCAUCUCAAUUAUUACUAAGGAGUUGCUCGAAAAGAGAAGGAAACUGAAGCUUGAUCCUACUGCAACACGUUUAACAUGGCUGGAAAUAAAUGCCAGUUGCAGAAGAACUUUGCGGAAAGAUCUACAACGGUGCAAGCAGAGAAAAAUACUGGAAGCAGUCUGA